UACUCCUCCAUGUGGGUUGCUUGCUCAAAAUCUUUGUCAUUUGUUCUUGAGAUUUAGGGGUUAUACUAUAACUUCACCGGAAAAGAGCGAUGGCCGGAGGUGGUGGCGGAGGAAAAUCCGACGAACCUGCACCACACCCACCAAAAGAUCAGCUUCUUGGUGUUACUUACUGCAUUACAAGUCCACCCCCAUGGCCUGAAGCUAUUCUACUCGGUUUUCAGCAUUAUUUGGUAAUGCUUGGCACGACGGUUAUUAUUCCUACAGCUCUUGUUCCUCAAAUGGGAGGCGGAAACGAGGAGAAAGCGAAAGUCAUCCAAACUUUACUUUUCGUCGCUGGGUGGAACACUUUGCUGCAGACUUUGUUUGGGACUAGGUUACCAGCUGUGAUCGGGGGUUCGUAUACUUUUGUUGCACCCACGAUCUCCAUCAUUUUGUCUAGUCGAUGGAGCGAUCCAGACCCUAUAAAGAAAUUCGAGAAGACAAUGCGUGCAAUCCAAGGUGCUUUGAUUGUUGCUUCAACACUUCAGAUCGUUUUGGGGUUUAGUGGUCUUUGGCGGAACGUUUCAAGAUUCUUGAGUCCGCUUUCGGCUGCUCCGUUGGUCGGUCUUGCUGGUUUUGGGCUCUAUGAAUUUGGAUUCCCCGGGGUUGCGAGGUGCAUUGAAAUUGGGCUGCCUCAACUCCUCAUCGUAGUCAUCUUGUCUCAGUAUCUGUCUCAUGUGAUACAUUCAGGAAAGGCCAUCUUUGACAAGUUUUCGGUUCUGAUCUCCAUUACAAUAGUUUGGAUUUACGCCCACCUGCUUACCGUUGGUGGGGCCUACAAUCAUACGGCACCAAAGACGCAAAUAAGUUGUCGUACUGAUCGUUCCGGACUAAUUGACGCUGCUCCGUGGAUAAGAGUUCCGUAUCCCUUUCAAUGGGGAGCACCCUCGUUUGAUGCCGGUGAAGCUUUUGCCAUGAUGAUGACUGCUUUUGUAGCUCUUGUGGAGUCGACUGGCGGCUUUAUUGCGGUUUCAAGGUAUGCAAGUGCGACUCCUUUGCCUCCAUCAAUUCUAAGCCGCGGUAUCGGGUGGCAGGGAAUUGGCAUUUUGUUGUCCGGCUUGUUUGGAACUGUGACCGGAUCUUCCGUAUCUAUUGAGAACGCUGGCCUCUUGGCCGUGACUCGUGUCGGCAGUCGAAGAGUUGUACAGAUCUCAGCAGGGUUCAUGAUCUUCUUUUCGGUGCUCGGUAAAUUUGGAGCAGUUUUUGCUUCAAUUCCCGCACCGAUUGUUGCUGCUCUGUAUUGCCUUUUCUUUGCUUACGUUGGUUCAUCGGGUUUGAGUUUUCUUCAAUUCUGCAACCUUAACAGCUUCAGAACAAAGUUCAUUCUCGGUUUUUCGAUCUUUCUGGGCUUGUCUGUCCCCCAAUAUUUCAACGAAUACGAAGCGAUCAACGGUUAUGGUCCCGUCCACACUUCUGGGAGAUGGUUCAACAACAUGGUCAACGUUCCGUUCUCAUCCGAAGCUUUUGUGGCCGGUAUCGUGGCGUACUUUCUGGACAACACGCUUCACAGGAACGAUAGUUCGGUAAGAAAAGACAGAGGCAAGCAUUGGUGGGAUAAGUUCCGUUCAUUCCACACCGACUCAAGAAGCGAAGAGUUCUACGCUCUGCCGUUCAAUCUCAACAAAUACUUCCCAGCCGUGUGAUCGGACCAACCAACCAACGACCGUUGUUCUUCUUAGUCAAAUAUAUAUCUAAUUUUGUGGUAAAUUAGUACCCAUUUCUCAAUCAUAUCUCACCAGAAUGAUUCCUAGAACGUUUGCCAAUCAAUAGUCUUUCAUUGCUGUAAAUCUAAUGGGUAAGAUCUGAGAUGGAUCUGAAUCAGAAAGAGAUUAGUUUUGUUGCUUUCCACUUUCUUAAGCACAUUGUCUCCCAACUUUUGUAAUAGAAAUCUUGAUUCCUAAUGGUGCAAAGCUAUUGCUAUAUGGAU